GGGAGAAUUCCUCCUCUUCUGCUUCUUCUUCCUCCACCACCUCGUCCAAGGUUGGCUCUCUCGUUGUGAUGGUUCGUGGCUGGAGUGGCGGAGGGGCGUGGUUUGAUGACCCAAUGCAGGGUGCCAAAGGUACAACGUACCGCAGAGAGACCAAGGUCCCAAGGUCCCAAGGACAACAGUCACCGCAGGGCGAUAAUGCGGGGGAGUUCUUCGGUCGCUCGCUUGCCAGUACAGUACCCAACUCGCCAAUACGGGCACCUUGAAAUAUCCAGCAGUCUCAAUCACCUGCAACGCGAGGUCUGGACGCAACGAUCCACGAAAAGACCAUGAAAGCCACAAGACAUUCUCACUAUGGCGCAUCAAUCCAUCAGGGCAGACUUUUGGGGGUCUUUUUGAUCGACGACCAACGACUACGACUAGAGGGAACCAGAGAACAACGCACACAAUUUCUCAGAGUACAGCACAACACUGCAACAUGAGGGAUGACUUGCAGGCCCUGACGACGUUGCCAACGAAUGCAUAUCCAGCUGCAUUAGUCCAGACUAACCAGGCUGCUUGACAUAAGCUCAACGCCCUCUCGAGCCACUCGCUGCCCCUCAAUAUGCUUCUUCUAAAGCUCAAAGAUGCGCUCCGGGCCGAUGGUACUAGAGAACAUCUCGCCAAACCAGCGGUCGCGCAAGAAGGAGACGCCGUGGUCCACGCUUCUCCCCCGGGUUUCCAACGAUGUGGCGACAGCGCAACAGCCGUGAGCGAGAGGUGUGGCGAGAACAAGAGAUGGGAACUGGCACAGCUUCAUCUGUACUCCGUACCCAUUCACCUCAGCCUCUGCCACCCUUACCUAGUGAAGUGGCUGAAAAGGCGGCCAAUGUGCCACGGGUUCAUAGACGCGCAUGGUCGCCGCGACAGUAGUACACCGAUACUUUGGACGGAGUCUACAUCUGAGGGAUAAAGUACCCUAGUCCAUUUGCCAGCAGAAAAAGGUCCGACGACCCAUCACUACUCGCAGGGGACUUUUCGAUGCACUCUAAGUGGUGCUGCCUCCAUGCUGCAGGACAUGACCUUUUUUCGUUUGUCCUCCCAUCGACCUCGCAGAAUUGGCCACGUCAAGCCUUGGGAUAACGAUGACUGGACCGCAAACGAGCUGCUAAGAUGCUAACCGAUCUUGAACCCGAAGAUCCUUCCGCC